AUGGCAGGAUGGGUACUACCGGGAAAAACCGGAAAAACCUGGAAUUCUCAGGGAAUUUCAUUUUUGCCCUUGAAAGUCAUGGAUUCUCAUGGAAUACUGGUAGGGCACUCAUCUCCCCCGCCACCAGCGCCGAGUUCGGGCCCCGGUCCAGGAGAUCCGGCGUCCCCCAGAUCCGCUCAGAAGGAGAACUCGCCGCCUCGUGGCCCUCGCACCCUGCUGCUCCGGCGCAGCGAGAAUGGCUACGGAUUCACGUUACGGCAUUUCAUCGUCUAUCCGCCCGAGUCCUGUUGCAUGCUGCCGGGACACGAGCGGACCAAGAUCGACGAGCCCAUGGACACGAUCUUCGUGAAGCAGGUGCGGGCGAAUUCGCCGGCGGCCGAGGCCGGACUGCGCACCGGUGACCGCGUCGUCUCCGUCGACGGGACGCCCACCCGGGGCGAGCAGUACGCCAGCGUGGUGCAACGCAUUCAACAAGCGGGACCGUGGCUGCGCCUCCUCGUGGUCUCCAAGGAGGACGACAUUUUGCAGCGGUACUUCGGCGAGACGGCGCAUAAUCCCGAGACGAAUCAACGGCCGCGGCUACGCUCACCGGAGAGACUGUCGCAGAAGCAGCGCAGGUCUGUGAGCAGCAUGAUUCCGGGCGGAUCGCCGAGGACGCGGCAGUCCUGGGUCUGCUCUCUGCCGUCGUCCGAGAGCCCAAAUCAUCAUCACGAGGAAGUGACGUGCAGGAUGCCGCCGUCUCAGGUCUCGAUCGUGGACUCUCAGAUCGCGAGCGCGUUGCAGCCACGGAGGGGUUUGUCGGAGGCGAGCGCGUUGUAUGAUCUCUCGGAGGACUCCCGAGUUCCGGGGAGAAAGCUGCCGUUGCUGCGGCACGAGGACAACAACGUCGUGCAGCCGAGCGGCCGACUGUCCCUGGACUCCAAGUACGAUCUGUACGACCGGACGCGGCCCGAGUCGGUGUACUCGCGGCCGAGCAACGAGCAGCUGUACGACCGGAUCAACGAUCCGAUUUACGAGCGCGUGCGCGCCAGCGAGCACCAUCCGCAGCACUACUACCAGCCGUCGUCCCUGCUGCGCUACCCGGUGUCGCAGGCGGAGCCGCAGGUGCCGAUCUACCGGCCGAUCAAGCGAAUGGUGACGCGACGGGCGAGCGAGGGCAGCGGCAACACCCUCGACUCCGAGACGGCGAGCUACGGCAGCAGCAUCGACGCCCUGAGAUCGAGCGAGUCCAGCAGAUUGAGCAUCGAGUCGAGACGGGACUCGUCGCCCGCCGCCAGCAAGGAGAGCACGUCCCCGUACGACUCCAACUCGACUCUGACCGGCAACGAGUGCUCCGACGACUCCGUCAUCAUGAACCGGCUGCGCAAGAGCUUCGAGCAGAAGGCGGAAUUUCUGCGGCGGCCGAGUCACCCGAUCGGCUGGUCCCUUGACUCGGCGACGUCGCUACUGCCGAACUUUGGCCAGUCCUCGGUGAUCCACAGGGAAUUCUAUGCGAGGCCACAGAAGCUCCAGAGACAGAUCUGGCCGCCCGGCCAGAACGAACAACAGCAGCAGCAGCAGCAGCGACAGCAAUCCCCCACGAGGAGAUCUCAAGAGAGGAAUGCCAAGACCAGUUUGGUGAACAAGCCGUCGAAUCAGAGCGUGCAGAGGAUAAAGGACGUGGACUCCAGCUCCGAGUACUCGAAGCCGCGGAACGAUCAACAGUUCGCGGACAAUCAGUCCGCGGAUCACUGCUACUCGCCGUCGCUUCUCUACGACAACGAGCACGCGAAGGAGCAGCAGUACUCGCGCGGCACGAGCAAGGGCAGCUUCGUCAGCAUCCUGUCGAGAAUACACGAGAACGUCGGCGCGAGUCAGCAACAGGCGGCGCAGGAGACGCGAAACAGCUCCUCGUCGCUGCCGUCCUCUCCGGUGCCGGACAAGAAAAUCAGCGGCGACACCAGGUUCCCGGUGCCGCCGCAGGGCCUGCAGAUAGUCUCGCGGCGCGCGAAGCAGUUCGAGUCGGGUCGUCUGCUGAGCGACGAGGACGAGCCCGCUGGCGAUCGGACGAAUCUCUACAGGAGCGAGCUGUCGAGAUUGUCGAACAAGAGGAGCGUGCCGAAUGUGGCCGUGCGGAAACGGGAGUUCGAGUCUAAAGCCGAGAAUCAGGACUUGAGGAGGCUACCGGCCAGGGAAACGAAGUCUCUCGACACUGGUGCAGUAUUUACAGGCAACAGAAUAAUUCCUAUAGGAAGCAAGCAUAUCCAUUGCGAGCCACCGGCCGACUAUAGAGAGAGCGAAGACGUGCCUGCUAUGGAGACGGAAUCGGUGCGUUUGAGGGCACGCAGCAACAGCGCGGAGUCCUGGGAGGCAACGAAUGGCCCGGCGGCGCGGAGCGGCGCGAGGCAUACGUGGCAGACCGCCGCCGAGGUGGAAGACGGCGGCGGCAGCAGCACCGAGGACAACAGUAAAGCCUAUCGCAACCAGGACAAUUACUUGCAGUCGGCCAAACUGCAAAUCGCGCCAGUCAAUGGUUCUUCGCCCAACGGCUCGACCAAUAACGCCGCGGUACUUAGGCGACAGAAGAACGCACAGAUCAGUGACGAGGAUCGUGCGACCAGGCGGGUUUCGUAUCUGAAGGCGACGUGGGGCGAACGGAUGCACGUCGACAGCGAUCUCGAGCUCAGCGAUUCCGAACCCGUUCACAUUCACAGAAGUGCGCAAAGACGAUGGCGGCCGCCGUUGUUUCCGAGCGAUAUAACGCCCCUGCGACGCAUCUUUGAGGAUAUGACGCAGGCCGCGUCCUUACAUCGAAACUCGCACCAUCGUAACAGCAUUGCUGUGACGCAUAGUACGUCAAACAGCUGCGACGGGACUGCGAAGGAUGUUGAACCAGUGGAACGGGAGGGAACGCUCCAUGUUAAAUUCACAGUGCUCGACGGCAAGCGAUCUACCGAUCGUUCCUGGAAGCAAGUCUGGGGUGUUCUCCGUGGUCCUAUAAUAUACUUUUACAAGGAUCGUCACAGCCAGAGUCCCUCGCUGAGCACCGAUAGCGAGACGAAUGCGGGACAGAGCGUCGACGUCAGGUGUUCCGUGGUCGACGUCGCCGAGGACUACACAAAGCGGAAACACGUGUUGCGAGUGGCAAAUCCCACGGCGGAGGUGCUCCUGCAGACCGAGGAUGCGGCGUCCAUGGCCCUUUGGUUAAGAUCACUUCAUUCUCACGCCGCUGCAGAAAGAGCAUCGGACGCUGUAUCUUGCACGUCGAAACAGCAAGCCGUUCCCCAAACGCCGACGGGUCCGUCAACUCCGAACAGCGGCGUGUCUCCGAGCAACGUCCAACGACUGAGUCCGCUGCCGAGUCACAAGGGCAUCAAGAAACUGACGUCAUUCAGGAAUCGAUCGCCGACCGGUCAGUCGCCGGUGAACAAGACGCGCAAGCCGAGCAGUCAGAUAGUGGAGCCCCUGCCGUCGCCGAAAUCGAAGACCUGGAAGGGCAGGAUGGCGAAGCAGUUCAGAAGGAUGCACGGCCAGACCGGCGGCGCGCCGUCCUCGCCCACGGCGCAGCUGCCGCCGGAGGGGGCCACGUUCAAGGUGCCCCUCGAGCUCUGCCCGCCGUCCUCGUUCUCCGAGUACGUGCCGCUGAUCGUCGAAAUGUGCACGAGCAUCGUCGAGGCGAGAGGACUCGAGGUUGUGGGUAUCUACAGGGUGCCGGGAAACACCGCCGCGAUCGCCCAGCUCACGGACAGUGUCAACAGGGGAUUCGAGAACAUCAAUCUCCAGGAUCCGAGGUGGAGCGAUGUUAAUGUGAUAUCGUCGUUGCUGAAGUCGUUCUUCCGUCAACUUCCCGACUCCCUGCUCACGGCGGAGCUGUAUCCCAUGUUCAUCGACGCCGACAAGAUAGAAGAUCCGCAAAGGAGGAUGACCACGAUACGAAAAUUGUUACGAGAUCUUCCGGAGCAUCACUUUGAGACGCUGAAGUAUUUGAUGCAGCAUCUAAAGAAGAUAGUGGAGCACAGCGAGAUCAACAAGAUGGAGGCGAAGAAUUUGGCCAUCGUCUUCGGACCGACGCUGGUGCGGGCGAGCGGUUCAAGAGACAAUAUGGUCACUAUGGUCACCGAUAUGUCGCAUCAAUGUAGAAUAGUCGAGAGUCUGCUGAAUAACGUCGAUUGGUUCUUCUCGGAGGACGAUCUGGACGAUUUAAGCAGAUUGAGCGUAAAUUUAAGCCUUCCAACCGACAGUUGCGAUAUUGAACCAGCAUCCAAUCACAGUCUUCUGUUAAACAACAUUCAGAAAAUCGAAGGUAUGCGUGACAUGGCAUCCGCUAGAGACAUUGUAUCUUCAAUCAUAUCCGCGGCUAAUAAAAAGAUACAAAGACGACGAAAGACUCAGGACGAGAUCGACAAUAGUGAACACGAUAACGAUAAGUCGAAGCAAGAAUCGGAGAACUCGCCGACAAUUCGACAGAGUAUGGCCUUAAACGAACGUCAGUGUUCCGUCAGCGAGAUCGUGCAGAUGCACGAGAGCAAGAAUCAAGCGAAUCACUCGGCGGAUCGUUCCCUGUCGGUCGACGCGAACAACAGCGGCUCGUCGCACGGCGGCGCGUCCUCGUUGAAUCGCGCCAAAUACGCGAUUCAGUCCGCGCCGCCGUCCGUGGACUCCACGCGGCUGUCAAUCGACGCCGGUCUGAGUUCAGCGGAGACCGGCUCCACGGUGUCCAGCGGCGGGUCCAGCAGCCAGACGAAGCAGAGUAACGACGAGAUUGCGAUUCUGACGUACGCCGGUUUGAGCGCGACCACGCAGGAGCGGGUGCGCCGAUUCGAGGAGGAAACGAAGGCGAUGCUGCAGCGUGACCAGCACCGGCAGAGGCUCGAGGCGGAGAAGAGGGAGGAGGAGAGACGGAGGAUCGAGAUAGAGUGGCAGUUGGCGAAGCGGGAGAUGGAGAACGACGAUCUGCUCGACAGCAUAGUCGACACCACGGUGUCGCCGAGCCUCCUGUCGGAGCGUCUCUCCGGUCUGAACGAGAGGCUUGCCGACAAGUCGUUGAUGGAUCUGCCCGAGAAGCACGGCAGGUCGCGAUCCACCACGAGACCACCGCUGUCGAUAGCCGUGCAGCAACAGCCCACGAUGCAUCAAAAGGUACAGGCUACCAAUCAGCUGACCAGCAUUCUAGGGGAGAAGAUGAACAACGGCGUCAUUAAGAAAUUUAAAACGGAUAAGGAUCCGUCGAUGGAGUCGAUUUGUUUGCCGCCGGUUCGAUACGGAAGUCUGGACUCCCUGCACGAGGUUCACAAUCUCUCGCAGUCCUCCCCGUCGCCAUCGCAGCAGCAGCGUGGCGUUCCCGGCGACGGCUCGGACGAUGCAGGCUCUUGUUUUCUGCAGUGGACACAGAAGAUACUCACUAUUAACAAAAAGCUUUCUAGGCACACAGCAAGCCCGGGCUUUUGGUGGUACAUAUCGUCCCACCUGUACGGUACCGCGGGUCCCGGUAGCGCCGCCCCGAAGACACCGAGCCGGUCGCCAAUGUCAAUGCCGGUGCCGGUCGUCGUCGCAGCGGUCCCAAUGCCAAUGUCCGUGCCCGUGCCCGUGUCAGGAGCGCGGACAGCAACAGCGGCAGCAACAACAACAGCAACGGCAACCGCAGCCGCAGCAGCAGCAGCCUCAUCGCUGGCAACUGCUGUCGCGUCUGCAGCAUCAGCUACCGCAUCAUCGACGAACGACGUCGUCGGCAGCAACGAGCCCGCCACCGCCAAGACUCUAAAUCGAUUCCUCCGAGGUAGCGACCUUCUGACGAGCCUCACGACCACGUUCGACCGCAAGUGGAGGUCCCUCGUCAAUCAGUCGUCGAAUCAAGCGCAGCCACCACCGGCAGCCGCCGCAUCCUGCAACAAGGACGUCGCGGAGCAGCCGGGGCAGAAGCAGCCGGGCGCGUCCCCGAGAUUCAAAUAUCCAUCUGCGGAGACCUAUCGUGACCCGAGCCUCCACAAAUCGCUCGACAAGAGUCACCUCUCCCGCUCGAAGGAUGACGCUCCCGAGAAGGACACCGACUCAACGGUAGCCGACGACAUGCCGCGCCCCUCGGAAUCCGACACGCCGAACAACGACCGCGGCGACAAGCAGAGGCCGGAAGCGAAGACCGUGGCAAAUCACGCGGCGGAGAACAAGGAGGAUCAGAAGGACGUGGACGAGGGGGACGAUUGCCUACGCGCGGGAAACCCGAAGCGUUACGAGCUGGCGAACGAGAGGAAUCUCCCGGAAAAUAAGCCGGAGAACAACGACGUCGGCGCGAAGGUGGAGGACAACAGCAGCCGGGGCCAUCACUACGAGACCGGGGGGGACUCCAGCUACUCCAACAAGUUGAAAAAAUUUGAGAGCCUGACGAGCUCGCAGGCGCGGUCCCGCCUGAAGCGGUCGGAGUCCCUGAACAAGAGGACGUGCGAGAACACCACCUCGCGACUGAAGCGAUCGGAGAGCCUGAACAAGCACUCGGCCGAGCGGCCGUCGCCGCUCAAGCGGUCCGAGAGCUUGAACAAGCACGCCGACAGGUCGGAGUCGCCGGGCAGCAAGCUGAGGCGCUCGGAGUCGCUGACGAAGACCGAGAAGACCGAGUGCAACAUCAGCAAGCGGCGGCAGUCGGUGCGCACCAAGGAGAGCGCGACCAAGCUGAAGCGGAAGAACGGGAUGUCGGAGCGGUCGAUCAAACGCCGGCACACGGUCGGCAGCACCAAGGACUUCGACAAGGUACACUGGCUCGACAAUAAGCUGCAGUCGGAGGCGGAGAGGGUCAUCCGGAGCGACUACCGGCCGAAGAAGAGUCAGCUGCGCACGAGCUCGCCCGAUCUCAGCACCAAUCGCGUGGCCGGCAUGGCCGACACGAGCUUCCUGAUCGAGGUGAGCUUUCGCGGGCCCAGCAACGUCGUCUUCAACGUGACUAACGCCGCGCGGCCGCAGUCGUUGCCGGACGCGAGCCUCGCGUCCAAGGUUUUCAAGGUGCCCCUCGAGAGUCACGUAUGACGCACGCUUGAAUAAGCUCUUUUAACUCGACACACUUCUUCUACCGUUCACCUUCCGAAUAAUAGUGCACGCGCGGGGGUGCUGCUGUCGUAUCUGCACCUACCUGCCAUCUACUUUUAAUACUUCUACCGGUUUAUAUCAUACAUAUAUAUAAACCGAAUUGACAAUUGUAACAUUAGGUUUUUAUAUAUUCCCACAUUAUAUAAAAAUAAUUGGAUCGCCAAUCUGAAUUCGUUCGCCGAAAACGCUGACAUUAUUCAUUAAUCGCCAGUGUGCCAAAGAGCUGUCACCUUAUGAAUCAUUUAUCGCUAUCGAACGCGAUAACUAUCGAAAAUUCGUUGAACGAUGGACGUAGACUGGAUUAGAUAAGGGAGAGACAGGUACAUCUUAUCUCCACUACGAUGUUCUCUGCACUAUGAUGUUUUUAAUCUUCAAUUCGAGUUUAAUUUAUAAUGCGAGAUCGGCACGAUAGGAAAUCGCUCUGGGUUAAAUUAGCCGGAAGCAGUUAGACUCGUUCUCUCUUUAAAGAAAAAGAUAGAUACUUUUACUGAUCAACUGCAGACAGGCCGAAAAUAAAGCUGAACUAAGCUGCCAAGCUUGGGAAAACGUAAGAAAGUUAUUUAGUGAUUAUAUAUUGCAUGUGGUAUCUGCAUCGUGUCAAUUUUAUAUAUAUAAAUAUAUAGAUAAUAUGAAUAUACAUACACAUACACACAUUAUCUCUUUUACUUGUGAAUUGUGAUUGUGACAUUUUUUUGUACAUAAGAUGUAUAAUGCGAGCUGACUCGAAUUAAAUAUUAAAUAUAGCAAGGUAACUAUAUUGUACGUAUCUUUAAAUUUAUAUUUUAAUAAUCACUUAACAAUCAUCGCGCGGAUGCUCCGUACGCGUGCGAAACUAGCUCGAUCCUCGGAUGUGUAUUGGCAGAUUCGUAUUGGCUAUAUUCAUAUUGGCGAGAAUGCACUAUUUUUUAAAAACGCAGAUGUGACAAAGAGGUGUGAUCGUUAGGAUAAAAAAUCAUGCGUUUAGCGGGCGUAUAACACAAUCGGCCCCGGGCCGUUUUCCACAUCGUCGCGAGCGAUCGAUAACACUUGAAAGUUCACUGAAAGGUAGCACCCAUAGCGUUAAGAAAUACUUUUUUUACGUAAGCUCUCCGAUGAAAAAAGUCUACGAUGUGAUAGAAAAAAAAAGAAAAAAAACACUUGCGCGCCUGUCGAUGUACGUACACAUAUCGUUAUGCGGGUGUGGUUGCGUGCGUGCGUGCGUGCGUGCGUGCAUGCGAAAAUUUACACGAGCGCGUGAAAAACCUAUUUUCUAUGUGCAUUGUGAUCGAUAUUAACGAUCAGUCUAGUACUCUACUGCUGUUGCGUCAUUGUAAAAUUUUAUCGUACAG